UCGGACUUCAGUACCUCAUCGAACGGCCAACAUGUCGGGUGCUAAAGAGCGUCUUCAGCUGCAGGAAAAAUUCGAAAUAAUGCCCGAGACGUUGGGUGGACAAUUUCGCAAGGAUUUCCCACCUUACCUCGAUGGACUUGUUAGGUCCGAACCGCAUCAUUACGUCACAACGCCUGAAUUCGCCAAAAAUGCGGAAGAUAUUUACAAUUUGGCACCGAGACCGGACGAUAUCUAUGUGUCCACUUUCCCAAAGUGCGGAACGACUUGGGUGCAAGAGUUAGUGUGGAUGGUCGUGAAUCAAUGUGAUUUCGAGAAAAGCAAGAAGGAGCAGCUGAGUAUUCGUUCACCGUUUCUAGAAAUGAACUACAUGUUGCCCUUAAAGUUGGCCGAAAAAUUCGAGAGAGAGGCUAUUUGCAGAAAAGCCAAUUCACCGCUGGUCGACAAAAUCAUGGAGCUCAUCUGCUAUUGGAAUUUAAUGGACUGGCUUCGUCCGUUCAUCAGAAAGGCCAUCAGCUUUGUAUUGGGCGACUGUCUUCGCGAUCUGGAACAAAUUGACCAAAUGGCUGGCCCAAGAGUUAUCAAAAGUCACUUGCCACUGUAUCUGUUAAACCCGUCAGUUCUCAACACCAGCAAGGUUGUCUACGUGGCUCGCAAUCCCAAAGAUGUUAUCGUUUCAUAUUAUCAUUACCACCGGCUGUUGGAAUUCCAUCACUACACAGGCAACCUGGAAGCUUUCGCCGAUUACUUCAUGACGGAUCGAGUUUACAGUGCUCCGUUCUUUCCUCAUUUGCUGGACGCUUGGAACAAACGGCAUCAUCCCAAUUUGCACUUCGUCUUCUACGAGGACCUUAAAAAGGACCUGCGAGGAGAAAUCCAAAAGAUUGCCAAAUUCCUUGGCAAGACGUUGACCGAAGAUCAAUUGGUCAAACUGACUGAACAUUUGCGUUUCGACAAUUUCGCCAAAAACGAAACGGUCAAUUGCGAAAUCGGCAAAGAAAUUGGACUGAUGAAUAACAGCGGAAAUUUCAUCCGUAAAGGUAAAACGGGCGACUGGAAAAAUCAUUUCUCUCCCGAAUUAAACGAACGAAUCGACAAGUGGAUGCAGACCAACUUGGAAGGCACUGAUUUGAGGUUCAUCACAGAACUUGAGCAACAAGAUUAAAAAACAAAAAAACAAAAAGGGAAAAUGAAUGGAAAGUGUUGAAAAAAAAUUUAAAAAAUCCUUGUGCUGGUGUAUGGAUUUUACCAAGGGCAUUUUUUGUUUGCUUGUUGAGAGGUGUGAACUUGUUUUGCUGUCUCGUUAAUAUCAUCUUAUUUGUACUGUCGCAUCAUUCGGUUGACCCGUGUUAUAUAACCUACUUUUGACUUCCUCUUCCACACACACACACACACAAACACAAAAGACAAUAACGUGACUUUUCGUAGUGCCUCUUCUGUGACUAGCAUGUAGAUAGCCUCAAGGUACGACCUUAAUUAAUAUUCAACCGUUUAAAAAAAAAACAGAAAGAAAGAGAAGUAUUUUUAUUAUAUAGGAUUUCAGCACAAAAAGAGAUUAAAGGCUGGAAUAACGGCUUUUUGAUUGCGAUUCCAAUCUUCUAUGGCAUCACUGUGUUUGAAACGAUUGUGCUCAAUACAAAUUUUUUGUUCUUGUUCUA